AUGAGCAACCAGUUGCUGUCUCCAUCGGCUGACUCUCAGGACGCGCAGUUCCCUCCCCGACCACCCGGUCGUACUGGGACCCGGUUCGAAACGGGUGAUGCAAAGGCAGAUGCUCUUCGCGCACCUUAUAUUAAUUGCCUAGUUCCCUACCGCCACUGCACAAUCGACCAUAUCUUGGAUACAGUUCGUAUCCUGGCUGACCUGGAGCCUUCUAGGUAG